AUGGGCAACGUAAGCGCACCUCCGGGCAUCGCAGCCAGAGGACGUGGCUGGACAUGCGCUGCCAACACCGGCAUCGGUUUUGCGGGCCGACACUUCGACAGGCGAGCAAUUGAUGACAAUAAGGUUGCAAAGGGCGGAGAGAGGCGACGACGUGAGGACGAUGAUGAGGUGGAGGCCGUGGCAGCAAAACGUGCUCGCGGGAACUCCAGUGCAAGUCGAUGGAGCAAGUCCGAGGAGUGUCCGCCAAAGAUGGAGGGAGGGACGCGCUCAAGUGGGACGUCGGUAGGGUCGAAUCCGGAGGUGUGGCAGCUCCUGCAGCGAGGCGGGUCUGCCGAGGAAGCCAAUGGCCAGGAUGAGCUCGAUGAUGACGACAGCAACGCGGAUGUGAACAUGACCUUCUCCAAAGAGAGCGAGAGAAAUGACGGGGAUCAGGGCCAUAGCAUGGAAGAUGUGACUCCAGGCGCUGACUCUGUUGCCGCCGCGCAAGCUGGCAAUUCCGAAGACGAGGACAUGGGCGAGGGGAGCGAGGAGAGAAAAGUAGAAGAAAAGCACCUCCACUCUGACGACGACUUCAUGCCACAAGAGGAGGGGAACGACUCGAACAGUGAACCCGUGCCGGACCAUAUCCCCGACACCGAGCUGCGGGCGCUAAACGACCCGCUUGUCUUACUUACGUUCGCACGUCGAAAGGGUCGGCUUUCGACCGCCUACGUCAAGAUGCUUUGCGACGAAGUCGACUAUAUCCUUGACCAGGAGCUGCACGCAUCCGAAGUUCUCCUCGCAGCUCAAUAUCGCGUCGCAACAAUUUCACUCGAGAUACACAAGAUGCAGAUGGCCGUCGCAGCACGUGUUGACAAAAUGACCACUUUGAAGCAGUGGGCCUACGAGUGCAAAGCCGAUGUGGACGCCGUGAGUAGCAUGUCCGACCAAAUGUUCGAGGACACCGUGGGGGCGUUAACUGAGGCGGAAUUGGGCACGGACACAUAG